AUGGCCACAGGAAGAGUCUUGCUAGGCUCUCUCCUUCUCCUGAUCCUCCACUUGGACCUUGGUGGGAGCCAGGGGGCCUGGGAGGCUCUGGUGGCGGAGAGAGAGCUCUCAUCCGAGCCAGCGGUGGACAGAGAGACCCAGAGGCCACAGCUGGGUAAGGACUCCUGGAACCCUGCGUGCUCCCCAACUCCUUUCUGCCCAGACUCUGCCUGCUGUCAGCUGCCCCUUGUCCCCACAGGGGCCCGCCUGCGCCGAGCCCUGACCAGCCCGUGCCAGCUGUGGAGCCUGUCCUUGCCCGUGGCCGAGCUGGGCCUGGGCUACACGUCGGAGGAGACGGUCAUCUUCCGCUACUGCGCCGGCAGUUGUUCCCGCGGAGCCCGCACCCAACACGGCCUGACGCUGGCCCGACUGCGGGGCCAGGGCCGAGCCCAUGGAGGACCCUGCUGCCGGCCCACCCGCUACGCCGACGUGACCUUUCUCGAUGACCGCCACCGCUGGCAGCGGCUGCCCCAGCUCUCGGCGGCGGCCUGUGGCUGCGGUGGCUAA